CCCACCCUGCCCCGCGGUGCGCCUGCGCGGUGGCGCGGUGGUGACGUCAUGAUGACAGCUCGUAGCGUUACAGAAUGACUCUGGCUCAAUGUUUUGGUUCCAUUCGGGGCUGAUUCAACCCGAUUUUAGCACUUUUGCGGCCCACGGAGGACAGAUCGGAGCGGGAUGGAGGUGGAUCAGGACCUGGAGGCGGAUUUCAUGCAGAAGUUCAGCGCCAUGGGCACCACGGAUAGGGAGGUUCUGGUCGCCGAGCUGCAGAAGCUCGUCAACUACCAACUCAACCCCUCCGCCUGUGCAUUUUUCCUCGAUAUGAACAACUGGAACCUCCAGGCAGCGGUGGGUGCGUUCUAUGACCUGGAGACGCCGCGGCAGCCACUGCCGAACAUGUCGUUUGUGGCAGACAUCACGAUAGGGGAGGGGGAGUCCGUCCCGCCAGACACACAGUUCGUCAAGACGUGGAGAAUACAGAACUCAGGAGAGGAACCCUGGCCUGCGGGCGCAUGUCUGAGGUUCCUGGCCGGCGAGCGUCUCGGCCCCCACGACAGGGUCCUGGUGGACUCGCUCGACCCCAAGUGCAUCACGGACGUGAGCGUGAACAUGGUGAGCCCGUCCCACGCUGGGGUGUACCAUGGGCAGUGGAGGAUGUGCACACCCGCGAACCUGUACUUUGGAGAAAUCAUCUGGGUGAUCCUGACUGUGGAAGAAAAUGGCCUCCUGGCUGUCACACAACAGAUGUCCUCCAUGGGGGCUGACCUGGCCAUCUCUCCACCGCUCCAGGCUGCUGAAAACCCCUUUGGGAGACCCCCACCCGGCAGCCAAUCAAACGACCCGUCACAAACUCUGUUUGGCAGUCCCCACCAAUCGGGAGCCCUGUCUCAAAGCCCCUUUAACAGCCCCGUCAAGACUGGCCAAUCGGAGUCUCUACCACAUCAACAGCAUUUCGGCAGUCCGGUUCAAAACCACCAAUCGGAGGUGGCGUCACAGAAUGCAGUAGUACCUAGCAGCCAAUCACAGCAACCGUCACAUUUAGCAUUCGGCAUUACAGCGGAGUUUCCGGGCGCGACAGUUAGGCUAGGGGAAAGGACUGUGAAUGGUUUUAGUCCGACCAGUCAGGGCGCGGGGGAGAGUCACGAGUCUUUGGGGGUCCAGAAUGGAGCAGCACAGACGUUCUGUUCGCCAGUACCAAGUCAGACUACAGGGAUCGGUACUGUUCCUAUAUUUCAGAUUCAACCGACAAAUUCCGUCAGGCAACAACUCUUCCCAGCAAACAUGGCGGCCGCGACGGCGCAACCGUUACCGCUGGGCCACGACAGUAGCGUACAUAAUGAAGAUGAUGACGAAGACCUCUAGCGAUGGGGUUCCGUCCAGUUGCAUAUGCCGCGUAUUGCGUAAGGAUAUGUUUAGUGCAUCCGUGAAAAAUUAGAUGUGAUCAUACAUGGAUGCCCGAAGUACUGUAUUCAGUAUUCUUGAAUUUCUCUUUGGCUUUAGUACAAAAGAAACAUUGUAAGAAUUUUGAGUGAAAAAAAAGGUUAAAAAAAGAUAAUCAGAAAUGAAUUGCAAGGUAGAAUCUACUUUUUAGACGUUGGUAGUCUGGUGUUAUUGUCAAAUUUGUGUAGUAGUAGUGAUGCAACAAAACAACUGUAUUAUGAUUAUAGUUUGGAUUAUUUUCGUCCAAGAUUAUGUACAAUUAAUUGGUGGCAAAAAAAUCAACUAAAAAAAAUUUGAUUUUCUUUUUGAAAAGCAGAGGAAGAAAAAAAAAAGAAUUUUUAUGGAGCUAUGCGUGAUACUGGGUAUAAUGCAACUGGACCAAUAGAAUGGCUGAUGGCAUGCAUGGGUUUUAAAUCUUUAACUAGCGUUUUGCAUGAUCGUGUGACUGAAGCUACCACCUGCAUCAAAUGUAUAGGACUAAUCUUUUCACAGCAAUGCUUCCCACCCCUCCUUUUACAAGUAGACUCUCCCAAAGAUGGAGAUGGAUGGACCAUGCCAUUAUUCAGGAGGGGGUUGUAGGAUAUUUCUAACUUUGCUGAUUGGUGUAGCGAGAUGCUAACAACUGUAAAUCUUAUAAUACUUGCUGUCAUUUUCUUCAAUUUCUUACAUGAGAGCUGUUGCAAGUGAACUUUCAGUGAUGGCUUGACCAUCACAUUAUGCUAUGUUCAUAGUGAAUUUGCUAACAUACAGUAUGUCAAUGGUAUACUGAAAGACUCCUUGCUUUGCUAGCGCAGUAUUCUGAAAAGGUAAAAACAAUAAGACAUGAGAUUGCCAAGUGAACACAGUGCUCUUUUUCUACUAUACAUACUGUAAUGCUGAUCUUUAUGCACUGCUAGGUGUUGGGUGGUGUCUUAUUGCUAGAUUUUCUAUUUCUACUUCAAGUGAAUACUGAGUAAAUGCACCAUUGUCCUUGCUACUUUUGUAGAUUAUAAUUAAAGAACCCACCAAUGUUGCAUUCCCCAUUCAAAACAUAUGAAAACCAGCAAGGCAACUGAAAUGCUUGCAAAGGUGAAUCAAAACAUGAUUGGUAACAUCUGAAUUGACUCUAUUGCCAUUAGUUUGCUAAAAAGUAUUCAGAAACAUUAUGUAUGUCAUCUAAAUGCAGUCUGAUCCUGUUCUAGCUCAUGUGAACCUUAUUCCUAAUGCCUACCCAGCUCCCGUGCAAUAUCUUGUACUUCCAAAUGUCUGCACAUUGACACUCACCCUGGCCACAGCUUCUCCGAAUUCCUUAAUGUGAAAAUGCAGAUGCCAAUAUUUACCUUUGCUAUCAAUGAGGUAGAUCAAAAACAAUGAAAAGAUGUGUUUUUUUUCAUGCUUCAAUAAACUGAAAAUGUAUGCUGUGAUCGAUAAACUGGCUGUAUAUGGCAGAAAGCUUGGCUGGAAGUGUACAUGUUAUCAUGUACAAAUUUAGGUACAAAAACUAUGCCAGCGGUGUAUCCUAAAACAAUGCCUUCUUCAGUCACAGAUUAUGCACUGAAACUAACCAGGGACAGAGUAUUGCGGAAACUGAAAAAUUAUAGAUCAAAUUUUGAACUUGAGCUGUAACAAAGCCUUAUUCUUUCAUUCAUUUCUUUCUUCAAUCCUGAAGAAGUAUUUUCUUUUUGUUGUGAUUUUCGUUUACUAUUCCUUUUUAUUCAAUUGGUGUAAAAAGUAGCCAAUGAGCAGUUGUACAAAUGCUAUAUGACAUGCCAUAAGUUUAGCAAACACUUGGCUCAAGAUUACCACCUUUUUUUUCUGGACUUUUCUCUUUGGGGAAAAAAAGGAAAAUCCACUUUGUUUCAUCCUUUAUCAAUGAUAUCUUGUGCUCUUAAUAUUUUACUGUUACUUUUCAUAUUUACAUGAUAUGUGUACUGUCACUUAUUUCUUGGUUGCUUUUGAUUUUAAUCAUCCGCUGUGUUCAUCAUGUUUCGAGCUUUGUCCACCACCUUGGCGCUAUGCUGGGUGUACCUCAGCUUGUGUAGCUUCAGAUAGAUUGAUUUAAUGAACUUGGACUUGUAGAAGUUUAACUCAUUGCACAGAGAGUUAGUAAGUAAGAGCUCGGUGCAGCUGUGUAUCUCAGAAGAAACAAAGAAGAUAUUUCAUUCAUA